AUGUCUCGCCGACCGCGAACUUGUCCGCGGACAGAGCUCUCCUCCGCUAGCGCUUCCCCCUCCGCGAAACCGUUUCCAAUUCACGGGGAGCUGCUGGCGGGCGUGCUGGCGCUGCUGGACCCGCUGCUGCUGCUGCGCGCGCGACUCGUAUGCGCGGAAUGGUGCCACGUCAUCAGCUCCUCGCGCCACCUGUGGCAGCGAGUGGUAGAGAGACAAGUGACGCUGGCCGAUAGGGCACGUGCUGGGGCGGAUAUCGCCACGGAGGGAGCUGAAGGGGGGAACGCGGGGCUCGGAAAUGCGGAAGUUGGGGGAGGAGGCGCGGGUGACGAGAGGAAUAGGUCGGGCGGGGGCGGAAAGGGGGGCGCAGCGCGGAGGGGAAGAAAGGAGAGGGGAGGAAAGGCGGAGAGUGGGGGCGCGGGAAGGGAAGCGGGAAGAGGGCAGGAUGGCGCGGAGGGGGGGAGCGGAGGGGUUGAGGUGGAGGGGAUGGGGAGUGAGGGCGUGCGCGCGGCCGUAGGGAUGGCGGUGGGGGCGGAGCAGAGGAGACGGUAUGGGGGGGGGGAAGUGAGGGUGUGUGUGAUGCGCGGCCACACCAAGGGGAGGUGCGCAGAGGUUGGGGGGCGGUGUGGGUGGAGGUGGGAGGGGGAGGGAGAUGGGGGGGAGAGAGGGGAGGUGAGGAUAGGCAGUGUGGCGAUGCGGCAUGGCGUGGUGGCCACGGGCGGCUCAGAUGAUGUAAGCCUCCCCAUCCCCCUCCUCCACCCCCUACGCACGCGUGUGCACUCCCCCAUGCAUAUACCUGUCGUUUCUUCUGCUGUUCCUAUGACCAGCCUCCCCACGGGCUCCUCCCAUUCCCAUGUGCUCACUGCUCCCCUCUGUCCCUGUGCGCGACUUCCUUUGUGCCCUCCUCCUCCUCCUCCUCCUCCUCCUCCUCCUCCUCCUCCUCCUCCUCCUCCUCCUCCUCCUCCUCCUCCUCCUCCUCCUCCUCCCCUGCAGUGUGUGCGCCUGUGGCAGGUUCCUGCACUCCCAGCUCUCCCUUCCGCGCAUGGUUCUGCCUCCUCCUCGCCCUUCUCCCCGCCUGCCUCCUGUCAGACGGCGUGCUUCCCCUCUCCAGCCUCUCAGCCCAUCACAGCCGUUGAUCUAACAGACGUGAUGCUCCUUGCUGCAUCGGGCACGCAGGUCUUUGCAUGGAACAAGGAGACCGGGAAGCUGCUCAGAAGCUUCGGCGGCCACCACCAGCGCAUUCGCACGAUCAGCUAUGACGACACGGACCUGCUAGCAGCAUGCAGCGACGGCACUGUUCAUGUGUACGACAUAUACAGUGGCAUGACCACCCACAUCCUCCGUCCACACGCUCGGGCGCGUGGCGGGGCGGCAGCCAUGAGCUACAGUUCCACCAUGGGGCUGCUGCUGUCGGGCGGCACGGACGGCACGGUUCGUCUUACUGACUGCCGCUCAUCGCUGCAACUGCACACCCUGCUCUUCACCGACCCCUCCCCAGGUACCACCUGCUCUUCACCGACCCCUCCCCAGGUACCACCUGCGCUGAAUUGCACCCUUCCAGGUACCACCUGCGCUGAAUUGCACCCUUCCAGCGCCCAGCAACCGAGUGAUGGCCGCUUCGGCAUCGGGCCACCUGCGAGUGUGGGACCUCAGGUGGGUCUUAUGGUGUUCUGGAAGUUCUCAUAUCAGGUCAGCUGGGUGCAAGUUCCUGCAAGUGUCGGAUUCUGGGAGGUCAGGUCCCCUGCUCACACACUCAUGGAUACUGCAAUCUCGCCCCCCACCCACACCACACUCGCCCUCCCCUCCUCCCCACUCGCGCUCCCGCUUGUCCUGCUGACAGCUGGCGCCACGGGAUUGGUCCAAAUCUUGGAUGCCGCCUCCCUCACUCCCCUUCGCCGCCUGCGCCGGCCGCCACUAGCCGAGCUGGCACUGGGCGGCGGAGCAGGGGUUGCAGUUGAGGUGGAUGGGAGUGGUGGGACAGGAGAAGGGCAGGGAUUAAUGCGAGGAACAGGGUGGGCCAUGAGGGAAGGUGGGGAAGAGAAGGUGCAGAGCCAGGGUGGGCAGAGGGGUAGGGGCAGCAUGGAGGAGCAUGCUUCGACUGGAGGAAACGGGGCAGCUGCUGGUGUGAGCGGUAGGGGGGUGUUGGGAGGAGUGACAGCUGGAGUAACUGGCAUCGCUGCAAGAACAUCCACCUUUGUCACAUCGCAUGUCGAUGGAACUGCAACCUUAUGGUUUGUUGGUCUGUAG